AUGGGUUGUCAUUCCGGUAAGGGGUGUGAGAUUGUUCUUUCAAUUUGUCCAUUUCUUGAGAAAGAGGGUGCAUCUGUAAUGGCUGUUGGUGCGCAGGGAACAUUUCUGUCAUCUGUUUAUGAGGAGAUGAAUGACAUAGGUUUGGGUAAACUUCCCAGUUCAAGUCUGGGUGGGAAACAUGCUACGGUCUGUGAUUCAUUAUUGUGCAUUGAAGUUGAAAAUGCUAUAGAGAAUUCAGUUCUUAGGGAUUCUAGAGCUCAAUCUGCUAGUGAUAUUAAUUGCCUAUACCAAGAGACAGAUUGUUUUAGUCCCGAGGUUUGA